UUAUAUAUCAAUAUAUGAUAUAUUGACCAAAACUAUUAGUGAUAAAACAAUUGAUAGCCAUUUCUUAUAAAAACACUGUUAAUAGUCAUAACAUUUUUUUUAUUAAUAUAUAAUAAUAACAUUUUUAAGUCAAAUAUCUCGUCCUGAUUUUACUUCCCGCCCGACUAAAGUGGUCAAUACACACACACACACACACCCGAAAGUGGCCACCAAUAAGAUGAUUGAUUGACUGAUUGAUAAGCAUUUUUAGAUGGCAUACGAAGGAUAACGACAGAAACUGAAAGCCGUUUAUAAAGAUAACCCAAGAAGAAGACGACGACGAAGAAGAAGAUACGACAGCAAUGGAUGUGAAUCUGGAGAAUCUGAACGUAGUUUACGACCCGAACGCCGAUUUGCUAUUACUGGAAGUGCUUAACUACAUUAGCGGCGGUCAGCCAAAGGUUACGGCCAUCAGUUUGCUGCGCGACGGCGAAAGUCUCAUUAGAGUGAUCUCCGCUUUCGAAAAGCAGACCAAAUGGCAAUCGAGUCAAGUGAUCGACUUGUUCUUCAAGUACAAGAACGACGCUAUAACCGGCUUUCAGUUUAUUAACGGUUGGCUCGACUAUUAUUAUGGUACCACAGGUCUCGUUAUGGUUACCGACGCGUUUCGGUUCGCUAGCAACGAGAUAGUGGUGACCACGGCGUUGCUCGUACUCAAUGUUCUGUACAUUAAGAGAGAUUCACUCACCUAUGAUCUCAAGACACGAUUGGAAGCGCUUUGGGUGGACUUCGGCUCAGCCGUUGAUUCGAUUAUCGUCUGGAUGCGAACCAGAGCUCAACUCAUGGACACCAAUACUGGUCUCCACACGUGCGCACACCAACUCUUUUCUGGUCAUUCACUACAAGAAUUUCAAUCCAUUCAGCAAAGACUUACUCAAAUGGUUCAGCAGAAGCUCAUAAAUGAUUUGAUGAAGAAGGUAAACGACAAGGACAUACUGAUCAAACAACAAGCGAAAGAUUUUGCCGAUUUGGGAACAAAGAUGUAUCCCUUAGUCCAAGAACUAAAAGAACUUAAGAACCAGAACGUCAUUCUCGCCUCAGAAGUCAAGUGGCAGAUGAGUGCCAACAAAGAGCUCAAUCAAACUGUGGCCAAAUUGGAACACGAAAACCAAGUGCUCAAGAAGUUGGCUCUUAAAAACAAUAGCUUUCUCAACGAUAUCAUCAAUAAGAGUGAUUCAACCACCGGUGCUACAAAAGACAUAUCAAUACAGCUUAUGGAUGAGCCCAACAACAACACUAACUCAUCUCAAAGCAACAAUGGAUCAAAUUUUGAUGAACCGUCAUCAUCAUCGCCAGUCAAUAGUAACGGUUCAGAUGAUAAACCCGAGUCUUCUAAGGCAAGUGCUAAACAAAUGAAUGAAAUUACUGGAAAUUAUGAACGAAAUGAGGACACAGAUUCGUCAACUGAAAUCGAGGACAUCACUGAUAGUGGCAAUCAUUCAGACGCGGCCACCGAUGAUCUACUAUUGGAGAUCAAUCAGAUAUCGCCAAAAUCUGAUGACACCGCCAAUAGUAGCAGCAAUGAUGUGAUGACGAAGAAUAAUGAUAAUAACAAUAACAAAAACGAGAUAAAAGAAUGUAAAUCGUGGGAAGAGUUCUUUGCCAAUGAUAGCAAUAAUAAGCAUGACUUGAAUGACGACGAGAAACAGUUGCAGGAAUCGGUUGACCACCAGAAGCCAGAGUCGGUCCAACCAAAUGAUACUUACAAUAAUAAUAAUAAUAUUAAUAAAUCUAAUCAAAGUCUGGGUACAAACGAUAAUAGGAUUUCCGCAUUAAUAAUCAACUGAAAUAUGUUUGAUUAUGAUAUCCGCAAAAAAACAAAUGCAUUAACAAAACAAAACAAAAAGUUUGUUUCAGAAAAAAUACAUUUUAAAAAACUUACCGAAAGAUUAUCUUUAAAAAUAAAUAUUUUCACUCCAUUUUCCUCUAUCUCUUCCUCUUUUUAUUAUCUCUUUCUCUCAACUCUCUCGUCAAAU